UUGGUUUCUGUAACCUUCCUGAGAAGGGGAGUUCUGAGAGAUCAAGUGUUCUCUUCCAAAUCUACUCCCAAAUGAAGAAGUCUGGCUUUGUCCGAUAAGACUCAUAACAUUACUUCAAAGAAUAAGAUCUGAUUUAGGUACUGCAGAGUCAGAAGGCAACUACAAGAUGAAAAGAUACUCUCAUCCAUUCCGCUGAUUUCAACAAAGACCCAUCUAUACCAGCUCAGACCAGUUAACAUAGGACUCUAUAAGUUAAGACAGUUAGAGAAGGCUGAGGUUGAGAAAAAGAAUGACAGCAGUCUUUUACAGAUCACCUUUAUGAGGUGAGAAGGGGCAGCAGUCAGAUUAGUGAGCUGCUGCCCUUACCCAAGAAAAGAGAAGUAUAUAGAGGCACGGUAGGUGGAAACCUCCUGUCUUAAGGGGGCCUGUUCUUGUGCAAGGUUCUUCAGAGUAGUUAUCGCUUAAACAGCUGCAGCAAGGAAUUCUGGAGGUCAGCCAGAGGCUGGGACUGGCUGGGAGCUGGGCAAAGUCCACCCAGUGUCCAUUUUUUUCCUUUGGGUGAGAGAGUACUUGUUUUGCAUAGAAUGGUGGGGAGUUCCUGGAGGAGAGUUUGAACUCCAGGCUAUUUUGAGCUGCGUAGCUUUCCUUCAGACUCUGUGUGUAAGAAUCUCUGAGAGUCCACCUCAUCCUCAUAUGUCUCUCAUCUCCUCCCUUGAAGUCCACACGAGUCUCAAGACUCCUUCAGCUGAGUCUACUCCCCCUUAUGAUGCAAAAUGUCUCACACGGAUUUGAUAUGCAACUCAAGUGUUUAAGCAUAAAGUACGCAUCCUCUGGCAAAGAUGAAUCAUUUGCUCCUGACAGAAUGUGUCAAAAGAGAGCCACAGAGUUUGGACUGUGCUAUAUCAAAUUAGUGUAUUGAACUGUAAGCAUUAACUCUUGUUCACUGUCCACUAUCUCUGCAAGCACUACACUAGAUGCAGGGAAUUUUAUGGUAUAUAUGAAGAAAUUUAUCAUACUAGCUACGUGCUAGCUACUACCCCAGACCUUGCGUCUUUCACAGAAAAUUUAGGGAGUAGCCAUGACUAUCAUCACCCCCACUUCAUAAAUGAAAAACAAAAGAGCCUCACCCAAGUAUGUGCUAUGCCCAAGUCGCACAGUGGAUGACUGGCAUAAGAGAUUCCACAUUUCUUGAAAAACCUGGCUCCAAUAUCUGUUAUCUCUCUAACUCUGCAGACAGCAGAGGACAUGAAACUACAGGAAAAGGAACUAGAAAGGCUGAUGAGAGAGGAAUGUCAUCGGAGAAGGAGGAGAGGCGUAUUGAGCCUGAUUUUGAGGGGAGGGAAUACAGGAAACAGGAAUGAACGGGGUGGACAGUCCCUGGAAGGGAAUAAAUGAAUAGAGCAUGACUAUGGCAAAAAGAUUUCCACACUUAGGGAAGAGCCUCUGUAAUAGGGAAUAAUGAGAAAGGAGCGGGGAAGGAGGAGAGGGUGAAUCUACAAAGGCCUCAAAGCAGAGACGUUUAACACAGUAAAUUCACUGAAACGGAAAAUCUGAUUACACAAGUGUUUAAAAUGUUUCAGUGUAUGAAUGUCAAAUCGAUUGUUGGGUCGAAAAUAUAUUUAGAGACACUGAAGAAAAAAUUUCAAAUUGACUUCGGUGCUGUUCUAGAACUGUACCCUCAUAUACCACAGCUCUGUCAAAACAGGAGAAGCUUGUGCUCUGGGCUUCUAGGCAUGAAACGUCCCACAGUUUUCUUUUCUUUCCUUCCCUAUAGGAUAUGCUUUCCUUUAUCAAUCAAAAAGGGCCCUUCACACAAGGCAUCUUUAGAAAAUCAGCCAGUAUAAAAUCAUGCAGAGCCCUAAAGAAGAAACUAAACUGUGGAGACACAGUGAACUUGAAAGAUGAACCAAUUCUUGUCAUAGCGUGGGUCUUAAAG